AUGACUUUAUUUUUUCACAGAAUACUUGAUAAGAAAUUAGAGAAACAAUUCACCCAAAUACAAAAUCAAUAAACAAUUACUAUUCAACACAAUUAAAAAGUGUUGAUUUUAUUAUUGCUUCUUAUAUUUGCAAUUUAAAAAGGCCUAGAAAAUAAUUGGUCCUCUUUUGCUUUUAAUGCUUUUGGAUUGAUUUUUAUCAUAGUUUCUUAUAAAUAUGUGAACAAAACAUCAAUUUACUAUAAAUACUUAUUGCUUGUAAUAGUAGAGCUUUUUAAUUUUUUUUACCCUUUCAAUCGGCUAAUGAAAAUCCCACCAAAUUAAGAUACUUACUUAGAUGGUUAUUUUAUUUGCUUAGGAACUCUUGCGUAAGAUUUUAACUCAAAUUUAGAAUUAUAAAUUCAUUCGACAUUAAAACUCGGUAUUUAAUGUUAAUACCAAUAUUUGGUUUUAAUUUAGCAGCUGACCCUCAUGAAUCUAAUCUUUUUUGGUCUUAAGUUUUUAAAUUCUCUUUAAUGAUACUCCUUGAUAUUUAGUAUAAGAUUCAGUAAGAAAUUAUUAAAAGAAAAUAAUUUUUAAAAUUAUCCUGUAAAGCUAUUGUUUAGAGUUUUAUUGAAAAAGAACAAAUGAUUGAAACAUUUCAAGUUUAAUAUUGCGAUGAUUCUAAAUAGAUUUAACUGAUCAAUUAAAAAACUAAAUAAAGAGUUAAUGAGUUUUAAUAAAUAGAUUUCAAAUAAAAAAUAAGAAAUGUAAUUAUUCGUCCGAAAUCAAAAAGAUUAGAAAAUUUGAUAGAGGAUAAUAUUUUUAAUUUUUCAGGAAAAUUAUCUCUAGAAUUGUUUUUAUUUUAUUUUCUAAAUAAGACUUAAAAGGUUAAUGAUGCUAGAUUGGUUGAAUUCUUGAAAAAGCAUAAGCAGAAAGUUGAAUUAGAUGGAAUGAUUGAUGAAACUUUAAAUGUAAUUAAUAUGAAUAAGUUUAGCAAAUCGUUGUUUAUAAACUGCAUCAUCAUACUCAUCCAUAAGCUUUGGUAAUAAUAAAAUAGUUAUAAGCAAAAACUUAAGUAGAACAAUUGAAACUUAAAUAUGAAAAUUAAAAUCUCAUAAUAAAAUAUUUGAUGAAUAUUCUUAAUUGUUCUUUAAGAUUAUGUAUGAAUGAUGCAGCGUUUAUUAAUUAGAAAACAAAUUUAUAAAAGUUGUCUUUUUAAGUUUAAACAAUAUUGUUCAAGCAAUAAAGUUAACUAAUAAAGGCUUGGAAUUAAUUUACAAAUCUAAUCGAUUUUGUUUAGUUAUCUUGUAAUGUUAAUCCUUUAACAUCUUUUAAUAUCAUUUAGCUAAUAAAUUCGGUAAUUUAGAUAACAAAAAAUCUUAUUCCUGAGAAUAAUAUUUAAAUAGAAUUAAUUAAUAAAUUAAAAUGUCAAUAAAUUUAUUCAAAUUCUGGUAAAGUUAGGUAAUUAUUCUUUAAUUUAAUAUUUUAUAUAUUCGAAAAAAAUCCAAAUCAAAUAACAAUCACUUUAUUAGAGGAGUAAUCUGAUUUAAAUAAUACUUUUACUAUCACAAUAAAUUAUAAAAGCUAAAUUAAGAUCUCUAAAAGUGAAUUACACCAUUUUCCUAUUAUUAAUCCAUUAAAAUUUAAAGAUUUUAAACAUAAUAUUAAGAAUAGUAUGUACCUUGAAAUUCCAAUUAGCAUCUUUAUCGUAAGAUUAUUAGGGCCAAAAAAUAAAAUCAUUAUGAGAAAGUAAUUUUAAGAAUGUACAUUGCAAUUCUCAUUGUAUAAACUUAUUUAAUCGGACAUGCAAUUAUAGAAAGCAUUAAAUUUAAAAUCAGAAAAUUAGAUCAUUGUUUAAUCAGAAAUCCAACCCAUCCAUACUUAAUAUAUUUCCAUUUAGCAUUUAAAUCAACAAAAUUAUGAAGAAGAUUGA